UGCGGCCGGCCCCAUUUUCUUAUCACCAGCACCGGGGGAAGGAGCAGGGAUAGCUGGACGCCCGCAGCGAAGAAGGCACCGAGACUUCUUCCUCUCCGGGCGGACCGCUGCUUCUGCUGCUUUGGGAUUCGGAGACGGAGGGGAGCAGCAAAGGGCUCUCGCCAUGGCUUGCCAUCUCGGACCUGGGAUUUUGCUGCUCGUGGUGAGUUCUGAAGCCCACCCGGGGUUUCCCCCACGAUCAGAUUUGCCCGAGAAAUAUACUGUAUAUGGGGGUGUGUGUGUCUGUGUGCGUGUGGAGAGAGCUUAACUUUCCCAGUUUUAUUGUGCACUUCGAAGCACAGGGAGGGAAAAGGUCGCACCGCAGGCGAAUAACAGGCUUGGCGGCUGCUUGGCGGAAGGGUUUCUGCUCCUGGAGCGCAGGAGCGCGCGCCACGCCCGGGAACCUCGGCUAGGAGGUUGCGCGGGGGCAGGAAUGGCUGCGCGCCCGCCCGGAAACGCCCCUCACCGAGGGGCUCUCCGGGUCACAACCGGCCUGCGGGGGUCACAAACUUCGCCUUCGCGGGAAACGUUGGGAAAUGGGUGGUUUUGAGGUUCGGUGGGGCGGUUCCCGUCUAGGUGGCGGGAGCUAAAGCCCUCCAGGCAAGUUGCUGCUAGUUUUGGCCGUCUCUCCCAGUUCUGCCAAGAGCCUUUUUGGGUGGGGGUGGAGCGACAAUAAUAAUCUAUUGUCUGGUCACCGCCAGGUAGCUAUGAAGGAAAGUCUUUGUAAAUAGGAAAGUAACUGUAGUGGGGGGUUGUUGAUGUUGUUUUACUUUGUUCUAGCUGUGGUGUUCCCUGCAUGGCAUGGAGAUCUGUUGCCAAGCAUUAGACAGUGUGGUGUAGUGGUUAGGUUGUGUUAGGCCAAGAAGCCAUCUGCCUUGCAAGUUCAAUCCUUGGCCCCUUCAGGUAGGGCUGGGAGAGGCUCCUUCUGCCUGAAUCCUUGGAAAGCCACGGCCAGACAGUACUGAGAUGAACUAUGGUCUGGUUCAGUAAAAGGCAGCUUCUUAGGGUGGAGACGACUCAGGUUCAAAUCCCCACUUGGCCAGCAAGCUCACUGAAUGACCUCUCAGCCUAUCCUAUUGCACAGGGUUGUUGUGAAAAAGAAAAUGGAGGGGAAGUCUCAUGCAGGCUCCCUGGAGGACAGGCAGGAUGUAAAAGUAAAUAUUUUAUUUUUUAAGUAAUGGAAUGGUCAUAUUCAGAAGCAGUAUGCACGGGGAAGGUUGGGUAGAAAUCUGUUACCUUCAUGCCUUCUCUGUGAGCUUAUUGGUGGAAUCAUCAGGUUGGUCACUGCAGGAAACAGUGAGUGGUGUUUAAUGCUAGUCUUACACAGAGUAGACCCAUUGAACUACAUAAACAUGACUCAGGAUUAUUAAUUUCAGUGGGUCUGCUCUGAGUAGGGCUUAGUUGAAUACAACCCAGGAUGCCAGACUAGAUGAUGAACACUUGAUCUGGUUCACUUUGGACUUCUCUUAGGUUCUUAUGGUUAAGAAUCAUAAUGUGGGCUAGCAACCAGUAAAACAUUUUAAGCUAAUCAUUUAAACUAAUACCUGGUUUACUAGUAGUACAUAUGAAAAGGGGUCUUAGUGAACCACAAGCUUAAGAUGAGUCAAUAGUGUGAUGCAGCAGCAAAAAACAACAAAAAUACCACUAAUGCUAUUAUAGGCUGCAUCAACAGAAGUAUAGUGUUCAGAUCAAGGGAAGUAAUACGUAGUACCACUCUAUUCUGCCUUGGUCUGACCACACCUGGAGUACUGUGUCCAGUUCUGGGUGCCACAAUUUAAGAAGGAUAUUGUCAAGCUGGAACGUGUGCAAAGAAGGGCAGCCAAAAUGAUCAAGGGUCUGGAAACCAAGCCUUAUGAGGAAGGGUUGAGUGAGUCAGGUAUGUUGAGCCUGGAAAACAGGAGGCUGAGAGGGAGAUAUGAUAGCCACCUUCAAAUAUCUUAAGGGUUGUCACAUGGAAGAUGGAGCAAGCUUGUUUUCUCCUGCUCAGGGUAGGACCUGAAUCAAUGGUUUCAAGUUACAAGAAAGCAGAUUCUGACUAAACAACAGGAAUAACUUUUUGACAGUGGAACAGACUCCACCAGAAGGUAGUGGACUCUUUUUCCUUGGAAGUUUUUAAGCAGAGUUUAGAUGGCCAUCUAUCAUGGAUGCUUUAGUUGAAUUUCCUGCAUUGCAAGGGGUUGGACUAGAUGGCCUUUGGAGUCCCUUCCAGCUCUGUUUCUACUUUUAUGGGCAUUUGCUAGAUCAUUGUAAAAGCAAUUAGUGUUUUCUCUGCCCAAGAUAGUUCAAGAUCUCUCUCUCUCUCUCUCUCUCUCUCUCUCUCUCUCUCUUAGAAGAAAUAAUUUUUUCCUCGUUCACCUACUGCUGGAAAUACCAGACACUCAGUUUCACAUCUUUUAUCUUAUUGAAGAUCAUCUUGAAAUAGACAAGUUUGGAACUGAAACAAUUCCUUCCUCAAAGUAAUAAUAAUUAAUCAUUGUUUCUGUCAGCUUUGCAAAUAUUUAUUUAUUUUACAAAAUUUAUAUACCUCUUGAUUGUAACAAGUGGUUUACAAGAAAUAUUAGAAUUGCCAAUUAAAAACAGUUCAAAGCAAUUUAAAACAUUUUAAAAUAAUUAAAAUUAUCAGGAAAAUACAGCAGAUUAAAACACUUCAGUAUCUACAUGUCUGGAAAUAUCUCUUGAUGUUCUUCUCAAUUACAUCACCCUGUGGUGUACUUUGCAUAGGGAAACUGAACCCAGGCUUGUCCUGACUCAUAUAAAACUUUGAGGAAAUGACAAAGAUUCCAGAAAACGGUGUUGGUUCCUACACAUCUUGUGAAGCUAGAGACACCAUGCAACCACCAUUCCUUAAAUUGUGCCCUGGGGGAUUUGUCUGACUGGUUUCAUCCAACUUGUCCUGGAACAUCUUACUGAUGUCAUGGUUCAGCCCUAGAAAAAAUGACGUAAUGAUAAAGAACAGAAUAUACUUCCCAACAUAUACAAAGAAUCCCUACCUGUAGACAAGUCACUCUUGCAACUUGCUGAUGGGAAUGAUGAUUCUCCACUGCCCUUUGACACCUGAAAUGUGUAUUUUCAGGACCCGCCUUAUUUUUUGUGACUGCAUUUUUGUAACUUCCUUCCAGUAGAGAUUCAGCAGGUUUCAUCCCUGCUUUGUUUUAGAUGUCACAUAAAAACAGUGUUAUUUAGACAGGCCUUCAAAGCAUUUUUAAUACUUGGUUGGGAACCGCCCAGAGUGGCUGGGGAAAGUCAGCCAGAUGGGCAGGGUAUGAGUAAUAUAUUGUUGUUGUUGUUGUUGUUGUUGUUGUUGUUGUUUUAACAUUUUGUGAAUGUUUUUAUUGUAACAUCUGUAUGGCGUGCACCACCCUGUAUUUUUAAGGAAGUGUAGCUUGAAAAUAUUUCAAUAAAAAUAUGUAUACACGAUAUGGAUAAAGUGGGCAUAGACUGCCUCCCCCUCCCCUUACACUAUAAUAUAAUUUGUAGUAGCCCCUUGAAAUUCAUUGGAAGUAGAUUCAGGACAGACAAAAGGAAGGACUUCUUCACACAAGACAUGAUAAUUUUAAUUAUAAUUAUUAUCACAUUCUCUACGACAGGUGUGUUUUUGGUCCUAUCUUUAGCAACUUUACAAGCCAGUUAGAUAAAUUCAUGGAGGACUAGUACAGUAGCUAUAACUAAAUAGAGCCCACAGUUGCAGAGGUAUCAUGACACGGAACAGUAGUUGCUGGAGAGCAGCUCCGGAUAAGCUAUUGUAGGGAUGGAAAACCUAUGGCCUGAAUUAGAUGGAGCCUACAUCUGGUCCAGUAGGCCUCUUCAUACAUCGUAUGUUCAGUAUUGGAACUGAUAAUGCUGAGAUGCCAUUGACUUACUUAAGGGCAAACUACAUGUUACAUAUUGUUCUAGGAAUGGAUUGAGUAUCAGUCUGAGAGAAACAGUAUGGCCUUUUUCUCACCCACCUCCACUUCUGCAAGCUAAGCCAUAAUUUAGCUUCGUGUGUCAUCCAAACCCAGGCUCACUCUUUAUCUCACUCCUGACAAACCAUGAGCUGAUUUACAGCUCAUGGUUUGUCUGGAGGAGAGUACACUAAGCCAGUGCACUAAGCCAAAGCAUGAUUUAGCUCACAGCAGUGGCAGGACUGGAGGAGAGGAGCAAAGUGCCUGCAGCUUCCUCCCCAAGAGCCUACAUGCCCUCACAUUCACAAUUGUGCUUAGCACUAGAUGCAAACUGAGCCUUUAUGUAAUUUCCCCAGUAUUGGAAUUCCCCCUUGACUUAAGAGUGGAGAGUUGGCACACUAGUCUGUGUGUUAUCUCUAGAACAGGGUUUUCCAAACUUGGGUCUCCAGCUGUUGUUGGACUGGCUAGCGGGACCAGUGGCCAGGGAUGAUAGUAAUUGUAGUCCAAAACAACUGGAAACCCAAGUUUGGAGAACCAUGCUCUAGAGCAGCGAUUCUCAACCUGUGGGUUCCCAGAUGUUGUUGGACUACAACUCCCAUCAUCCCUGAGCUCUGGCCUUGCUAGCUAGGGGUGAUGAGAGUUGUAGUUCAACAACAUCUGGGGACCCACAGGUUGAGAAAGGCUGCUCUAGAGAAAUUUGUGAUUUCCAUUUGCUAUAUGUUAAUCAUGUUCAUAGAUAUUUCUUGUAAGGUCAGUGGUUAGAACUUCUUGCUGCUCAAGAGAUGUUGCUGAUGAUUUAUUCCAUGGCAGCUACUGAGGUCUGAUAUGUUUAUACACAGCAAGAGCAUCUAGGCCUACUGUUGGUUACCAUGUUGUAGGGGUUAAAUUAUGCUUUCUUUCACCCUGGUAAAAAACUCAGUUGACCCACACACCCACAUUUGUAUACGUAUGCACAUACACACAUCUCUUUGCUCCCUUCUGAUAUUCAUCUCCUGCGGGUUUCUUUGACAUUCUUGUUAUAGCAGGGGCAGCUUUCAGAGGCUUCACUUGAACUCACUACAGCUUACUCUUGAACUUACAGUAGUGAUUCUCAUGAGUAAAUAUGCAUAGAUGCAAGUCCUUCCUUAGUAAAUACAGAACUGUUUCACUUCCUUUUCCACAGCACAGGGUUAUUUACUUCUCCGUCUGGUUUUAGUUCUCUGGGUCUAAUUACCCAUCAGUUAGUUAUCCCAUAAAUCCUUACAUGAAGAUAUGUGCAGGUAACCUUCAUUUAAUCCUGCCAUGCCAUUGAUGUAGAUGCUUAAUAAAACAGAAACUCAAAUCUUGCAUGCCAACAUGGAAAGGUCACUCUUAAGGUCAAAGAUGAAACUGCUAAUGUAAAAUGGCAAUUAUAUUUAUUUAUAUAUAAAAGGUAUGGUAGUUUUCAGUCGACACUAACAUUUGAUCUGUUUCUACAACAAACAGUCUUUUCUUUUCUUUUCUUUUCUUUUCUUGGAAAUAUAUGUGUUUCCUUCUCCUGUGGUUUUGAUAUAGGAUAUCUUAAGAACCUUACAGAAGAAAGACUUCACAGAUCCAUACUAGACAAUUAGCUUGAAAGUAUAUCCAGUAAAUAAAGGGUCCCCUUUCUCCUGUUUAUACCCAUUAGUUUUGUUCUUGUUUUUUUAUCAGCUGUUGCCAUUAAUCCAGUUUUAUUUUAUUGCUAAAGUAAUAAGUGGGGUGGGUGGGUGUGGGUGUGGAGGAAUAUUCUACUUUAUUGCUGUAAUUCUUCUCCUCUCUAAUUUCUCCUUGAUCUUGCCCUCUAGUCUGUAGUUUACUCAAUAAUUGCUUGUUUGCUUUAGAAAAGGCAAUCCCUAAAUGUUUCACUGAUCUAUUAUUAACUUGAAUUUUUGUUUUAUCUUCUAAGUUUCUCAAUUCAUCAUCUGUAAGAUGAAAGGCUAAAAGUUUUGCCAUUUGUAUUCUGUUGUCUGCUUAAAUCUAUCAACAAUAUUUAAACUUUCUGUUAGGCAUAUUUCAGCUUCAGUAUUUGUUAAUACUACAUCACCUGCAUAUAGGCAGACCUUAAUUUCCUGCCUCAGACAAGAUUUUACCUGUAUCAUGUGAGGAAAAGGGGCAUGCUGAUAUCCCCACCCCCAAAUGCAGGCAUGAUGCAUAAAAUGGAAUAAAAGGAACACUUUAUUGAACAAUCAUAAAUCUGUAGCAAGGCAGUGACAGUGCAGAUAAAUGAAGGCUUCAAACUAAAUGAGGAUGAGGAGAGAGCACAUGCUCUGUGCUCCCAUGACCUUACUCUUCCCACUAGGGGGGGAAAGUCAAACACACCUUUUUUUGUAUUUGUAUUUGUAUUUGUAUUUGUUGCAUAGUGGUGGCGCUGUGGGUUAAACCACAGAGCCUAGGCCUUGCCGAUCAGAAGGUUGGCGGUUCAAAUCUCCAUGACGGAGUGAGCUCCCGUUGUUCGGUCCCAGCUUCUGCCAACCUAGCAGUUCGAAAGCACGUCAAAGUGCAAGUAGAUAAAUAGGUACCGCUCCAGCGGGAAGGUAAACGGCAUUUCCGUGUGCUGCUCUGGUUCACCAGAAGUGGCUUAGUCAUGCUGGCCACAUGACCCGGAAGCUGUACGCCGGCUCCCUCGGCCAGUAAAGCGAGAUGAGCGCUGCAACCCCAGAGUCGGUCACGACUGGAGCUAAUGGUCAGGGUCCCUUUACCUUUACCUUUAAUGUUUGUAUUUAUUGAAUGGUAAUUCUAGGGCUACAGUUGUGGCACUAUGUUAAUAAAGUGAAUCGGCUGGUUUGUGUGCCACCAUUAUGAUUAGAGAUAUGGGGGGCAUGUUGUAUGGCGUAUAGUUAGGAAAAUGGUUUAGUAGACUGAUCUGAAACUUGUAAGUGUAUGAGCGGUGGGUUUGAGGAUGGUCCGUGCCAAAUUGGGGUGGAAAGGAUAAUAAUUGGCUUAUUUUGAACCAGUUAAACAUUUGAGACAAGUUGGCAGAUGGUGUGUGUUUUACUUCCAUAGAAUUUGCUGGGUUAAUUUUUCCAGAAAGUUUCCUCCAUUUGUACUGUGUGAUUUGGGAAACAAGUAGUUGUGCAAAGUCAAGGAGAUAAUCUAGUAUGUGCUUUUGUCCAAUACAGUGGUACCUCGGGUUACAUACGCUUCAGGUUACAUACGCUUCAGGUUACAGACUCCGCUAACCCAGAAAUAGUGCUUCAGGUUAAGAACUUUGCUUCAGGAUAAGAACAGAAAUCGUGCUCCAGCGGCGCGGCAGCAACAGGAGGCCCCAUUAGCUAAAGUGGUGCUUCAGGUUAAGAACAGUUUCAGGUUAAGAAUGGACCUCCAGAACGAAUUAAGUACUUAACCCGAGGUACCACUGUAGUAGUGUUACAUGGUUGUAGUUUUUAUUUAAAAGGCAUUUUUGUGGUUGAGGUUAAUGGGAAUUUGUAAGGGUGUUCCAAACACAUGCUUAGUGUGAACUUGUUUCGAGAGAGGGUUAAGUCGAGGGAGAGGGUCAAAUGGAGCCCUUGGCUGAGCUGUAUCCUUUCAGUUGGACCCAAUGCCAGCGCUGGCAACUCCAUGAAUGGUCAGUAAAGGCAGGUAAGAGUCAGAAGUUCAGCUGGGCAGGGAAGGGAGGUCUCCUUCCUUGAGAGCUCGAUAGCACAGCUGAUCCCACUGGGGCAACUUGCUGUUAGUACCUUGGGCAAGAAUGGCUGCAUUCCUGAUCAGGAAAUCCAUAGCACAGCCAAACCCGUUGGGGCUGAUUCACAAUUGUUCUUUUGCACCUGCAUCUCUGUCUGCCCCACACCUAUCAGGUGUGAGCCAGGUGGGUGUGGUUUGGGCAAAACAGCCUCAUGGGCCAAAAUUGGGAAUUGUGCCAAAUUUGACUCAUGGAGCAGAGGUGCCCCACCCUUGGCAUAACAAAUGGCAGCAUGACCCCCUGCUUGCCACAAAGUAUAUAUGUGCUCAAGACAAAAUUGUAGCCAUACUGGUUCUCUUCAUGCGUCUCUUUGAUACAUUCAUUUGUAUCAUUCGCAUCCUGCAUUUGUGUGCAUACAACCCUUGCUGUUUUUAGAAAGCACCUAAAAUUGCUAGGUUCUAUUCAAAAAUUCAGAAAUAAAGACUUGUCUUGCCCUUAUCUUUAGACAGUAAGCCUGCAGGCAUCUUAGGGAGGAAAGGAAAAAGGAAGGAAAAGAGAGGGAGAAGAGAUGGUUAUCUACAUGGAGCAUUAGAAGUUUCCUUGCAUUUAAUCUCUCCUUUGAAAUUGGUGUUUGCAUUGGAAAUCCCCCAAUGAUGCCUUUCCUUCCCACCCGUGAACAGAAAACUGGCUUCAAAAGAGGACUUUUCUGCAGGAAUGCAGUACAGAUGAAAGUGUUAAAUUCUCUCUGUGUGUCUGCUGUGAUCUUCAUAAUUCAUCAGUCCACACCAGCCUCAUGCUAUUUCUGUUGUUUUUAAAACAUGCAUGUUACAGACACAUUUAACUGCCUCUCUAGAUUGGCCCUUCAAGAGCCACUUGCAUGUAAAAAACAAAGGAAAUGUGUCAGAUUCCAGGACAGUGCAUUGAAAGAGAACUGUAGUGUGUGGUGGAGCUUUUACUGUUUCACUGCAAGGCUGCUUUCUGGUUUGUUUUAGAUAGUGGAAAUACUUCAGAAAGCAAUUCUGUGUGACAGCUUAGUCUGACCAGCCCAUUUGGCAUUGAUGUUUAGCAACUGUACAAAUAUUAUUUGCAAUGUUGACUCCCAAGUUGGUUCAACAUGAUAGAACGCUCCUGCUCAUGGGAUUAAAAUCCCAAUUUAAGUCUGCUUUAUUUUAUCUCAUAAGAAAUGUCUGUAAGGGAAGGUGUGCAAAGUUCUCUAUGUGUGCAGAAAAGGUUUUCAUCGUCUGUGUACUUAAAGCACUUCCAUUUUGAGCUAAAUCUCAGAAGGCUUUACAGAACCUUCUGCUGGUUCAUACCUGUACAAUCCCGAGAAAAUGCAUGAAUCAGUUUCAACUGUGUUAUGACAGAACGUUUAGUAAUGGAAGGGCAGGGUAGCUUUCACACAAGACAAAGAAAAUGCAUUUCUCACCCAAAACAAAGAAAUCCACCCUGGAACAGAACCUCCCCUAGGUUAGAAACACAACUUGGGAGCGUGCUGGGACUUGCAAAACAACGAUUUAAUAUGGACACACACAAAUGUCUGCAUUGAAGUUAGGGAGCUGCCCAAAUGAAUACUUAUUGUAUAGGCUGCCAGUUCCUGCAACACAGUUUACAGUUGCUUACAAAGGGUGUGUGUCUUCUGAUGUUAAAAGUCUGAAUGUAAAGCAUAUUUCCCAACAUCAGAAAACAUUAAUAUGGGAAUAAGCUCUUCCUUUUUAUUUGGAAGUUCUGUUUUCGCCCUGGCAUGUUUAUGAUCCUGUUCUGAAAGAAAAGUCAGCAGAACUCAUGAUCUGAAUGAAUGAAAGCUCAUUAACUCAAAUUGCUUUUUUAUAAAGAUGCAUGUUGUUGACCAUACUGCCAUGUGGUAAAUGCAACUUGUGCAUGGAUUGUCUUCCAUUCUCUUUGUGAAAUCUAAUCUUACUUUGCUGACUUACUGCUGAUACAGGUGGCCAGUACACAAACCACAAGGUUGCUGCAGGUUCAGGUGCCACACAUUGAGCUUAUAUUGGAUGAAACACUAUUUAAGCAAGUAUUGCACGGCUUGCUGGCUAGUAGACUCUCAAACCACACUGAAAAUUUCCAGUUCAAGGCUAUCCAUGUAUCAGGAGUUGGCAGAAAUGAAUAAAUGGAUUUGAUAUACAGAAUAGGAGAAUGCCACUCCUGCAAUUUAGCUGGAGAGUGUUUGACCCCACCCCUCCCUGGAGAAAGGUGAGGGGGUGGUCACAUGGCCCCUGUGAUCCAAUAAGAUGAGGUUUUUUAAGGCGGCACCUCCACUGACCUCAUCCUUUUUGCAUUCAAAGUGCCUACCCUCCGUUUAAGCAGUGUGAGCUGUAGGCCGAGUAGGAUUUGGGGAGCACCCUAUCAUAGGGUUUCCUUUUUUGCCUGCUCCAUACUGUUGGGCAAAUUUAAUUUGCAUUCAGGAAGAGGUGUGGCUUGCUUGCCAGAUUUGCAUUGGUUUCGGGCAGCUGAGGAAGCAGAAAAAAGCCUAGGUUUACUGAAGCAGAAUUGGAUUGGGGACACCAAUUCAGGUCUCUGCCAGUGCAUUAUGCUGGAGGGUGCUCCUUGAGGCCUGACUAGGUGCACAUCUGGGUGAACGCCGGACAGCGGAGGCCAGGUAUGCAUGUGGGGACAAUACCCAAGGUUUCCUUGGCAACGAAGGAAUCUUUCCUUCCUGGUUCUUCUGUGAGGAGCCACAGCUCAGGGCUGCAGCAUAGGCUUCUAGGGUGGUUACUAGAAGAUUUUGAAGAAGACGUCACCUGCCUGUUGAAAUUCAGUUUGAUUGGAUGAGUUAACACAUAUCACCCAUGCCCUGUUUCUUACUUCAGGGCAUGGAGAGGCAAAUGCAGGUUUGCUGAAUGUAAAGUUUGCCAAGCGAUGGUUAUGGAAACGGACUUGACAGGAAAUUAUUCUUGUAAAUAAUAGUCUUUCUUUGUUCAGCGCACGCGCUCUCUGUGGGGGGGGGGGGGCUUGUUGUAGGAAGUAUACAGCCAUAAUACUACUGCAUAGUUCAAAGUCCCUAGUUCAGAUCUCAUCUCUGUCAUGAUGGCCUCCCUAGUCUCCACCUAAAAAGGAGGUAAUAAAAUAGCCAACUUUAUCUUAUUUCUCUGGGUAUAAAGCACUCUGAGCUCUCCAAAACAAAACACCAUCCAUUUGUUUUAAAUAUUUCUUUCUCAUCUACAUUUCUAAAAGCAGCCCAAUAUAGAAAUAUAUGAAUGAGGCAGCUAUUUUAGACGUUGUUCAGCAAUGAAAACAAUUCAGUGCAGCCAGUUAAAACCCAGUCUAGUGCAGGGGCUUAAUAUCAUUCAUGUCCCCAAAGCCUUGCUAAGCAGAAAGGUUUUAACCAUCAUCUGGCAGAAGGUCAUUAAAAAGCAGCAUGAUGAUGAUGAUGAUAAAUUACAUUUAUUAAUCACUUGUUAGCAAUUUGCAUUUUAAAACAUUGAUAAAUCAUACCGGGGUUCCCAAAUUGUGGUUGACAGAUCGUUAGUGGUCUGUGAGCUUUCAGGUAGUUCAUAGUACAUCUGUAUGAAAUAUUCAUAUUGAUUUGUAAAUGUAUUUUUGUUGCUUCUUUUGAUUCUUGUGUUCUGUCUUCCUGUGUUAAAUUCAAAUUGUAAAACCAUAAAAUAUAAGAAAGAAAAGAAAAGAAGCAAUAAAAAUACAGCCACAUAUCACACAGCAUCUUGCAUAGUGCAUUACAAAUGCUGCAAGUGGCAGGAAAAUCAUUAAGCAUUCCUGGAUGGAGGAUGAGAAGUUGCCCAGGAAGGGAAAUGGCCCAAGGAGAACUGCAGCCUAACAGGGGUGCAUCCUGGCUCAGCUUGUUAAGCCAUAAUCAUUCAGUCGUGUAAAGGGGAGAGCUAUCCAUAAUUACAUCUCUAUAAUAUUAGCAUCUCUAUAGUUUUUGUUAUAGGAAGGAACUUGGUAUAAGGCUGCCAUUUUGUAAACUUUUGCAGCAGCUGUUCAUUUAUUGUAAUAUGUGUAUCAAGUUUGAGUUGAAGCAAGGGCAAAGUCUCCAAAGGUGGUUUAUUCAUAGAAUUGAUAAGCCAAAUAGCAGUGUUUUGUCUCGUGACUCUUUUAAAAUGGAAUGGAAUGAAAUUAAGUCUGUUUUGAAUUUGGCCAUACUACACUUAGCAAGACCCCGGGAAGCUAAGCAGGACCAGCUGGUACCUGGAUGGAUUUAAUAAGAUAAUCUUUAAGCUUUACUGUUUGUUCUAUUGUAUUCAUUUUUAACAUUACUGGGUGGACAAACAAAGAGGAAUGCAUUUGCUGAAUUUCUCUGACACUGUGCACAGUUAUUUUAACUCUCAUGUCUGUUUUGUAGCUUUUAAAAAAUACAUUUCUCUAUUAUUAUUUUCAGAGCUGUGCCAUCUUUGGGAAUGGACUUCACAUAGAGGUAGGAGAUUGUGUGAAAUUGUAAUGAAUUGACCAAAAAUACUUCCAAAAUGAAGCUGCAAAGAGGGAGGGAAUGAAUUGAGCUAGGAGGGAAUAUAUGUAGUGCAUAAGAUGUCGUAUGGAGUGGAUGGUGGUGUUUUGGUGGGGAAACAAGAAUGUUAAAUGCCUAACCACUUCCACAAAAUAAAUAAACACACUGAAAUAACACACAGGAAGCUUUUCAAGCCUUAAGGAAAAGUAUUCUUGCAUUUAUUUACAAAAUAAGAUAUUCCAGGUAUUGUAUACAAAAAAUAAAAUACAUACUUUUGAAAAUAAAUUAUUUAGCACCAGAUUCAGCCAACCCGGCAUUUUAGAGGAAUCAUAACUAGUACAAUAGGGCUUUCCUGCCCCCACCAUGUCUCCCCCAAAUCCUCUCUGGAGGGUUAUGAGGACCUCCAAAACAGAACAUGGGAGGAGAGGAGGUAUCAUUCCAUCUGGAAAGCAGAAAUGGAACCAUCAGUAGAGUGCAACGCUGAAUUCCUCCCUUAAAUUGCCAUCUGUAGGGCUUCACUGAAAGUCCGUGAGGUCAGUGAGGUCCAUCAUUAAAUUAAAAGUGUGUUCAGUUGGGGGGGGGCUGUGCACAAUGACCCCAUCCCCUCUACUCCUGACUUCGCUGCAUUCAGCAGCAAGUUUCCAUUGUAAGUGUGUUCAAACAAAAAUGAUUACAAGGCCCCUUCAGACCUUACCACUGAAUACUAGAGGGUGGAGAGUACAUGGCUGGUUCCCUCUGAAAACCAUUUCAUGGUAUUAAAAUCCAGAAGAGGCUUUCUUCUGAUAAAAUGUGCAUAGGAUUGUUCCGUUAGUCUGCGCAGUAUGUUAGUUUCAUCUGUUUUUUCUAACAAGCCCCACAUUAUUGUUAAAUGGAAAAAUACAAAAAUGCACUUUUAAAAUAGCCUUGUUCAUUAUAGAUGUUCAUUCAGGAUGUUGACAUGCACACAGUGUUCCAUCUUUUUUAUAUUUAACAAGAUUUAUAUGCUGCUUAGUCAACAAAAACCUCAAAGCGGUUCAUAUAGAAUAAUAUAAAAUAUUCACUAAAAAUACUGACAGAAACAAACUUGGAAAAACUAAUGGACGUAAAAUUUAUCAAAAUAUAUGCUUUCCUGACAGAUUCCUGGAGGUAGAAACAAGCAGCUCCUUCAUUCGGAUGGUCACAUUAGACAGAAGCGGGAAUGGAUUGUCCCACCUGCCCUCCUCAACGAAGAGAGUGAAAAUAAGAACCCAAUUGCUAAAGUAAGUCAGAGCCAAAUGAACAGAAUCCUGAGAAAUGUGGGGCAGGCUUGCUAUGGAAAUGGGUAUCUCUUUGACAUCAUCAUAUAGCACCUCCUUCCUGGUCGUCUUAGCAAAAACAAAAAGUUAAUUUCUGUGGGUUGUAUCUAAUGCUAGUCCUACUCAGAGAAGACCCACUGAAAUUAACGUAACUAACUUAGGUUGAUUCAUUUCAAUGGAUCUACUCUGGGUAAAACUUGGUUGGCUGUAACCCUAUGAUUGCUUUAUGUAAGUCACCUUGUGUGGGCUUUGCUCUAGAAAGCAGCAUAGGUAAGCAAAGGAAUAGGGAACGCAAGUCAAUUGAUUGCUGAUUAAAUACUGGAUUUUACAUCAAACUGUUCUGUACUGAUAGCAUUUCAAUGGUGACAUGAGGUAUCACAUCCUCCACUAACUUUGUCCUCGCUUUAAAGCCUGUUCCUACCCUUACUUCCCAAUAAAUAUCCCUACCUAUGGCCACCAUUCCUCCUACUGUCUCUCUGAGCUCCACAUUUCUCCCAUCUGCCUAAAGUUUUCUCUGACAAUUCCCAUGUAGUCGCACCUCUUUAGCCAUGUUCAGGUGUUUGCCUGAUAGUGUGAUGGUUGAAAGCAGGAGCAUGUGCUGUCCCAACCCACAACAUGAUUGGGUAUGUCAUCCCCCUUACCUUUCCCAUGUUGUUUGGGUAGGUCCUCAAGAGGCUUCUAAUGCACAAGGUGCACAAGAUGUUCUACUUAUAAAAACAUUAUCUUGUUUAUUUGUACAGGGGCAUUUAAUUUCCCAAAACUCUGAACAUUAUUUUAAUCAUGUUCCUUACAGAUACGAUCUGAUCAUGAAGGUGAACCCGGGAUAGUUAUUACUUACACUAUUUCAGGCACAGGAGUCACCGAACCACCAUAUAAUUUGUUUGUGAUUAAUGGAAAAACUGGAGACCUGAACAUAACAAGAAUAGUUGAUCGGGAGCAAACGCCAAUGUUCCAUGUAAGUGAAGCAAUCAGACUUCCUUUUCUUAGCAAGCACUCAGAUUGAUAUCAAUUGCCAUCAUUCAACUUUUACUGUAUCAAUUUGAAUUCACACAUAUGGAUUAUUUACUUUUCUGCCAAUAUUCUUCCAGCUGAAAGGUUAUGCAAUGGAUCAGUACGGUAAUCACAUGGAAAAACCAUUAGACUUGAGAAUUAAAGUUAAAGACAUAAAUGACAACUACCCAAAGUUUUCAAAGUCAGUUUUUAUGGGCUCUGUUGAAGAAUUGUCUGAAGUAGGUAAGUCCUGGAGCUUUAUUUAAUACUUUCAUUCUAGCUUGAUAGCAAUUUUGUUUUCUGUGCAUAUCCUUGUACUUUUCCCUAACUACCCUAUCUCUUGGUCCCUUGUUUAUGGUUGAAAUCCUGUACUUAGUAGCAGAUGUGUCUCUUUCAUUGAUUUCACACAGAUGUGCAGGGUCAUGGUAUUGCAAUAGGUUAGGAACAUCACACGCAUUUGAUCUGAGGUUGGUCUUCAGAGUGGAAGAUGCUGGAAAAUGUAGCAGAGAUUAAUAGUGCAAGGUGCACCUGAAAUCCUUUCUUCUGCAAACUAUUAAGGAUGCAAGAGCCCUGUUCUUUCGCAUCCUACCUUGCCCUGGUCACACAGGACGAAUGAUAAAAUAAACCAAAGCUUGCUUUCAUUAUGUGACACUGCCUAGAAAAUUAUGGUAGUUUGGGAAGGGAGAGUGCAUUUGCCUUACACUCUGACUGUGCAGGCUUUAUUAUCUACCCCUAAAGAAUGAGAAUGUUGAAUUGUGCCACUUCCGACUACAGCUAGCAGGUUUCUUUUUGUAAUGGCCCCUUGGACAAAAGAGCUCGCUGCAUAGUGGGGAUAGGGGUGGGCUAGGACAUUUUUUCAAGGUCUACUCACGGCAGAGGGGAAAGAGUGCACCUUUCCUACAUGCUUACAUGCUGUGGUUUGUCUUAAGAAAAUCGUGGUCUGCACUCCCAAAUAACUGCAACACCCUACAUGCAAGCCAGUCCUUAAUGGUGCUUUAGAACUUGGGGCUCUAAAUAGUACAGGGAGUCUGUGUGCUUAGGGCAGGUUCUCUGCUUCAGACCUUUUCCCUCCCAAUGCAUGGAAAGCACAACAGGGACAGGACAGUGGGGGUGGGGCCAAUAAGCAUGGCCGUGUGGUUGCUUGAGGGAGAAUGCCCAAGUAGAACAAUGGUGUCGGAGGCAGGAUAGCUACGCCAAAUGGGUAGGAAGGAAAGACAAGCUGUUACCCACUACCAUGGCUAGGGAUUUAAAUCUGCCUGUUUUGAAAAGCCACAGUAGUAUUAGCUCAGCUCUUUCGGACAGGAUAUUGAUUUGCAUCUAUUUCUAACAUCUUUAUCAGAAGGAAGCUAUGGGACAAGGAGCUGAGAACAAUGUUGCGGGGGGGGGGGGGAAUUGGCACUGCCAUGAGCACUAGUCAAACCAUGGGAUAAAUAUUAUUUUAUUCAGUCUUGGUAUUAACAUAGUGUUUAUUUUUAAAUACAAUUUUAGUGCAUUCUUUAUAAUUUAUUCCAAGGGAAUUUCAUCUAUAAAAUCUUAAAUUAUACAAAUCCUUAGGACUUAGAUGUCUUGGUCUAGUGCAGGAACAGAAAAUUUGUAGUCCUCCCAAUUCUACUAGACUGUACUUCCCAUCAGCCUUGACCAUUAGCCAUGCUUGCUGGGGCUGUUGGGAAUUGGAGUCCAACAACACCUGGAGAGCUAUCCCUGGUCCAGUGUAUGUUAUUCGACCAAGUAUCUGUACCUGAGCUAAAUCUUUGAGUGCACCAUAUAAAAUUCAGUACAGUAUUUGGGGCAUUUGGAAACCUUCAUUUCAAUAUAAUUUGUCCAAUAGGACUUUAUAAUUAAGUUUAAUUUGAAUUGUUAGGUGUUCUUGUGAUAAAGAUAGAAGCAACCGAUGCAGAUGAGCCAGGCAACCUCAACUCCAAACUUGCUUUCAAGAUUAUUUCUCAAGAACCUAGCAAUCCGCCUGCAUUUGAAGUUAUCAGAUCAACAGGCGAGGUCCGGACUUCACAUUUUCAACUCGACAGGGAGGUAAAUGCUUUUUCCUGUCCUGGAUUCCUCUUCUGUGUUAUCCAGUUUUUCAUUUAUGUGGUAAAAAUGCUACUGAUGUCGCUUUAUCAAUUACCUCAGAAGAACAUAAACUUUAAGACCAUAAUCCUGAUCAACUGAUUUGCUUGCUUGAUUCUGAUAUUAGGAAAUAGUAUAAACUGCCCAUCUACUCUAAAAAUGCUCAAGGCAGCAUACAAAAGCAAUGGGGGGAGGGUAUCAAGCAUGUAGGCAAGAUAAAGGUAAAUGACCCAUGGAUGGUUAAGUCCAGUCAAAGACAACUAUGGGGUGCUGCGCUCAUCUCACUUCAGGCCGAGGCAGACAGCUUUCCGGGUCAUGUGGCCAGCACGACUAAACCGUUUCUGGCGCAACGGGACACUGUGAUGAGUGCCAGAGCACACAGAAAUGCUGUUCAUCAGGCAUGUCUACUAAUAAUAAAUAGUCAAAAAAAUUAAAUUCAGCAAAAUGUAUCUAAAAGAGCAGUAACAAUUAUUGUUGAUAUUGUUAUAUAUAAAUGGUGGUAUAUAUUUUUAUACAUAAACCUCCACUACCUGGCUCUUGGAGGCUCCCAGGUCUUGGGCAGUGAUCUCUUUUGGCUCCAAACGAUGGUAUUUGGCAACUGAUGGUAGAUACUGAUUUAUUUUGGUAUGCUGUUGCAUUCACUUACACAUAGCUGCUUGAAUAUCAUGCAGGUGCAAAGUAGCUACUCCUUAAUUGUAGAAGCAAGAGACCGAGAUGGAGAUGCAAUAGGGCUUGGUGAACGGACAACGGUACAGAUCAAGGUUUUGGAUGUCAAUGACAAUAUCCCUUAUCUUGAAAAAAGCAUGGUAAGUGAAGUGAUCUGACUGGAAGGCUUGCAUGCAUUUGUGCUAAAUAGCCUUUCCUGCCUUGAUAACAUGGAAGAGACAUUUAAAAUCUUGUAUGCUUACAGUAUGAUGGAAGCGUCCAGGAAAAUACAGCUAAUGUGGAGAUUAUGCGACUGAGGGCCUUUGAUGACGAUGAGCAGUACACUGAUAACUGGCUGGCAAACUUCACCAUUGUGUCUGGCAAUGAAGGAGGUUAUUUCCGUAUAGAAACAGAUUCACAUACCAAUGAAGGAGUUUUGAUUCUGGUUAAGGUUAGUGUUUAGUUUGCGGAGGUUGUGUUUUGAAUCAUUGGUCCCAAUGCAGACAUGCAAAAUUAACUGCAUGAAAAAAUGUUGAAAGGGAGGGUGCUAGCUGAUGUGGAUAAGCUUUCUGCACCUAAAGUAGUCAGGAUAUACUUCCAAACUGGCUGUAAUACCAUUUGGCUACAUAUACUCAGUGAGGCCAAUCCAGAGGCUUAAUACUGCCUUCUAGUCAAGGGAGCUAAUGUUUCACAACCCUGUGAUAAAGCCUGCUGUGGCAACCAUAGAUAUAUUGUCUUUGUUUGCAUUCCACCAAGAGGACAAAAUCUUACAAAUGGAAAAUGCAGCCUCCUCUGGUCACUAUUUAAUGCCCAGAGCUUAAUGUUUUGUGAAGAAAAGAGGGUGUGUGUGGGACUUCCAUGAUGCCACUGUGAAUACCAAAGAAAAAUGCAAAUAUAUUUUAUUAUGUUCUAAAUAUCUAGGGACUUUGGCAUAUAUCAUUCACUUGUCCAGGAACUGGCCCAAAACCAGAGCAGGUAUAAACACACACAUGGAGCAUUGAUUGAUUGAUUGAUUGAUUGAUUGACUGAAUUUGUUGUGUUCUUUAGGGUCCCAGAGCAGGAUAUGUGCAUUCCUUGAAACAUCACUUAAAACCAUAACUAAGUCAUCAGUAGAAAUCAUAGCCUGUUCUAAAUAAUUCAUCUGCCUGGGCAAAGAGGUGCAUCUUGAUUAACUGAUGAAAAGAGGACAGUGCCAUAUGCAAGUCCAAGGGAAGGGAGUUCUUAGCCAGGAAAAGCCCUCCCAUAUGCUGCUGCCCCUUGGACUUCAGGAGGUGGUGACACUCCAGCAGGGCUUCCCCUGGUGAUAAUGAAAGUGAAAUCUUAAUGCUUAUUCUCCAGCUUGGAAUUCAGAGUGCACCUUUUCUGACUUGUUGCUGGGGUUUUUUUCCAUUCUCCCUACAGGAAAUUAAUUAUGAAGAACUGCAGAACAUUGACUUGAAUAUUGUUGUUUCUAACAAAGCAGCGUAUCACAAAUCAAUUAUUGCUAAGGGCUUCCAAGCAAAACCAAUUCCAGUUAAAAUUAAGGUGGAAAAUGUGAUAGAAGGCCCUGUAUUUAAGCCCAACAGAGUUACAAUUCAAGCAAAUAGAACAAUGAAAGUGAACCAGGUUAUUGGGCGCUUUGAAGCUUAUGAUGAAGAUACCGGAAAGAUAGCACAAAACAUUAGGUAAGAGAUGCCUUUCUUCUUUUUUACCAAGGCAAAUCACUGAAGAGUUGCUUAAAUCAAGCUGUUGCUGCAGCAUUCAGCUUGAGUGAAGAUGGGCCUCAGUCUAUGCUUCAUUUGUGCCACUGCCUUUUGCUUGCAAUAUCUGAAGGCCGCAGUCACACACUUAAGAAAUAAAUAGCAGCACCCGCAAGAUGCAAUGAUUUUAUGCAUAGCAUGGCUCUAUUUCUGUUGCACCCGCCCCUGUCAUCUUACGAAAGCAGUAGAAAAUCUCCAGUCCAGGAGCCAAAUGCAGUCCUCCAGGCUCUCUGCCUGGUCCUUUGUACUCUCCCCAGACCACAUCCCUCACCAACCCCAAUCCAUACCUUUCUGGAAGUGUUUUCACUUGGAUGGAAGGUGACCUUGAACUCUGAUAAUGCCUGUUGUCUACCUGGAUGGAGACGGGUAUGAAUGGGUACAGAAACUAGUCUGCUGUAUAAAGGUGAAUUUUUCAUUCAUUGUGUUGCCGACUUUUGCCCCUGGUUACAUCCCUGUAAUGGGCAGGGGGACAGAGGCAAAAGUGGCCGCCAGAAGGUUGCCCAGAAGAGGAUGUGGCCCUUCUUCCCCAUUUCUGUCUUCUGGCAUGAUGGGGACCUGAUGGGUGAAGCAAAAGAAAUGACAUGAAUUCACAUUCUUCCUGUGCAGACUUAGAAUGACAUGAAGUUUCCAGGCAUCUCCUAUAAAUGCAUGACUUCCAUCAGAAAUGUAUGUCUGUGUUAUCUUCUUGUGCUACACUGACAUGCAUCAUAAAACGUAUGUUUCUAUGAUUUUUUUAAUGUGGGAAAUGGCUCUGAGUUGUUGGGAGGAAACUAAAUGAAGAUGCUUCACCAUCCACCAAGCCUGUGUAGUAAUAAUAAUAAUGAUAAUAUACCCCACCCUUCUGGCUGGGUUUCCCCAGCCACUCUGGGCAGCUUCCAACAAAAUAUUAAAAAUACAAUAAAACAUCAAUCUUUAAAAACUUCCCUAAACACAGCUGCCUUCAGAUGUCUUCUAAACAUCAAAUAGUUGUUUAUUUCCUUGACAUAUGAUGGGAGGGCGUUCCACAGGGUGGGCGCCACCACCGAGAAGGCCCUCUGCCUGGUUCCCUGUGUGUCUUUGAGCAAAGUGUUUUCUUUAUACACCGAUUGUUGUGACCAUUCUAACAUGCAUUAAAAAUCUGCACAGGUAUGUUAAAGGCCAGGACGUUGCGAACUGGUUUACAGUAGACUCUAGGACUGCUGAAAUCAAACUUAACCGAGAGAUUGACUAUGACUCAUCUUUUCUUGUCAACGGUACUUACACUGCAACAAUUUUGGCUAUAAGUAAGGGUAAGUGAUGCUUCUUCCAUUUCUUCCUUAAGAAUAAUUCACCAGCCUUUUCAUUCAUACUCCACAUCUUAAUUUGUUAAAACCCAAAGCUAGAUUUGGAAAGUGGCAGCAACCAUCUGACCCGUAAGCUUUGGCGAAGGGUGGUGGCUCAGUGGUGCAGCAUCUGCUUUGCGUGCAGAAGAUCUCAGCUUCAUUCCAUGGUGUCUCCAGGUAGGGCGAAGAGAGGACCUUACCUGAAACCAUGGAGAGCCACUGCCAGUCAUCAUAGACAAGGCUGAGCUAGAUGGACCACUGGUCUGUCUCUGUAUAAAGCAACUUCCCAAGUUUCUGCACAGGGACCAGCAGCUCCAAAAAUCUUGGCUUACACUUACUAGCCAGACAUGAAUCAUGGUUGCCAUCAAUUGUCUUGCCUCCCUCAAAUCCUCUGGCAUUCACAGUGGCUUGGGAGACAUACAGGCUCUUCCCUCAUUUGAGGUGGGAUAUGGAGAAGGCAAAAAUCAGGAUUCUUUCUCCAUGCUCAGGAGAGACUGGUGUUGCUUUUCACGACUGGGCAGAGCGCCAGGGUCAUUUACCUCUGUUGAGUAGAUGGUAGGGACUGAGCCUGUUUUUCCCUCAGUAAGUACCUGGAGCAUCAUUGGCAUUUAGGCAAAUGUUGUAGUGGUAGAGGCUUUUAAUAAAGCCUGAUGGAUUACAUGCUUUAGCAUGAUGAUGUGAACAUGAUUCCACAAAAAUGUCAAUGUUCCAUCGCUAUGUGCUGCUAAUCCAAGGCCAGGAGGCAAACUUCACACACAUGUAUCUGCUUUUCACAUUAGAGUCCCUGUAAUCUAAUACGUAUUUUAGAAAGUUAUUUAUUCACUAGCACAUGAACAACUCUUUAAGAUAUUGUAAGCAAUUUUGCAGGAUGGUCCCCAAGAUAAAGGAGCAGGUUUCCGUCUAUGUUUGGAUACAGUUGGAUGCCAUUUGGGAUUAAGAUGGCAGAAUGGACCUUUCAACAUUGCACUGAUAUUUUUGCUUUUGUAGAAUUUCCUAGAAACGCUGGAUACAAGGCUGCUAGUCUUGAAUAAAGUGUCUGACGGUCCACAGAGCCCAAAGAAUUGGAGUAACAGUAUGGUAGUAAUCUCCAGCAACUCAAAUAAUUGCCAAGUAAACAUUUCCAUGGGUUUGAAUUGCAUCCUAUAUUCAAUUAUUGUGUUGUUGAAAUGGAUUGCAAAUCGAACACUGAAUUCACAUUAAAACCUUUUAUACACUCAAAGAAGCAAAUGAAAGUCUACAUUGAUAAAACUAUGUUUUUGCAUUCUUAAGCAGUGAAAUAGAAAUGCUUUACCUUACAUAUUUUGCAGACCAGCCUCCAAAAACGGCUACAGGUACCAUUGUUAUUCAGGUACAGAAUACUACUCUCUACUGCCCGACCAUUGUGACUCCACGUCAAACUGUCUGUACUCAUGCAAAGUUUGUUAACGUCUCUGUUACUAAUCGAGGAGGUUAUCUAAACCGUGGCCCUUUCACUUUCACUAUUGUUGAUGAGCCUGAAAGAGUGUCAGACAAGUGGAGGAUAAUCAGAGUGGAUGGUAAGUAUGAGUCACUAUGACAUGGUUUACAGUAGGGGUGAGGGUGUGUGGGAACUCGUUGACUGUACUAGGUAAGAUUUGCAUUGUUACCCUACCCAUCUUUGCCUCCUGUGUGCCCCCGUGCAUUUCCAAAACAGAUUUAGGAGGAAGAGGGGGCAGUCCCAUUGUGUAAGUGGAGAGCCAUGAACCGGAAGGACAGCUGUUGUUGAUGAUGAUUAUUUAUUACUUGGCCCUUAGAUCCCAAGACAGGUUGCAGCAUUAAAACCAAUAUUAAAACCAAGCUUAAAACUCACAACCAUUGGGUACAAGCCUGUUAUUUUAGUUGUGACUUGGCUAAUCCUCUCUUGGAUAACAUGCGCUGGCCAAAGUAGCAUUGCUUUGAAGUGUAGCUUCAGAAGUAGGGGCUUAGCUUCACCAGAGGCAGAGAAUAAAACAUCUGAAGCUGAGUGGCCGAGAUUAUUUGUCUGAAGAUCCUUAGAUCCUUGUGGUCAGUUCUCAUGCUAGGAGAGCAUCUCUCCCAAGAUUUCUCUCCCACUGAAAUAAGCCAGAAAUGCUCUGCACUUACUGCUAUCUGAAAGUUGAGCGGAAAAGUUUCAGCUAUACCUGAAAAAGAUGUAAGAUACCACCCCUCUCCUCAUUUGGGCACUGGUUGUAGAGAAAGAGAAAUUCUCUGUGGUCUUUCUGCUUCUUCUCCUUGAGACAGGCUGGGAAGGUACCCCAAAGCCAUAGCUGCAAGGAAUUAACACACAUCUAGGAAAACUGUUCUUCACAUUCUGUCUGGUUGACAGACUGGGUACUUGCAGAAUUGCUGUAACACCAGGGAUGCUCAUUUAAAGACUAUUUAGCAUCCAUUGAUAAUUUUAGCUCUUUAAACAUUGUGCUGAUGUCUCUGUGUAGACCUGGGGGGUCUACCUGUGGUCCUAUAAGAGGACCUAUAGCUCCCAUUGGUGGAAGUUGUAGACCACCAUCUCAGGGGCCGCAGGUUCCCAUCCCUGGUGCCAAAACUACAAUUGCCAAAGGGGGUUUACAACAAUUAGGUAAUCUAGAAACUGAUGUGUUUAUCUCCAUAAUAUAACUAUUUACUUCAGAACAUCAAGUCGGUAACCCUAAAGUCAGUAUCUGCUCACAGUUCUGUCAUAUGUUCAGCUACUUACAUUACAUUGCUUCUUAUUUAUUGUUACUGUCUUUUUCCCUGUGAAGGAUCUAGAGUACAGCUUAUACCAGAGAAUCUGAAGCCUGGAUCAUAUGAAGUUCCACUCCUGGUGAAAGAUAACCAAGGUCUUAGCUGUCCCGAGUAUCAAACUCUAAGACUGGAUGUUUGUGAAUGUGCAGAAGGUGGUGGUUGCCGAGCAGCAAUUGUCGGCUCAUCGGUUUUUCUAGGACCUGCAGCAAUUGCUCUGAUCAUUCUGGCGUUGUUGCUGCUGCUGUGUAAGUAACUAGCAUUAUUCCAGAAGAAUUGGCAGAAUGCCAUUGUGCACUCUGACACAAUGACUCCUCCUUGCGGGGCCUUGCAAUCUUCAUGCAAGCUUUAUGGGCAUGAACCAACCAAAGUUAAGCCCCUUCUGGUUUUCUCCCAUUAGACUCAAUGUUCUGACCUUUUACAUAUGGUGUGGUAAAGAGUAGAGCAAUACAUUUAAGGAACUUUGUUAAAAUUUUAUUUGUCUCUGAUACACCUUUCCCACUUCUUUUAAAGCUUUUGAUCCUUGUUCUUCCUAUCUUUUAUCAAAAAUUCAACUUUCAUAUGAGGUGAAAUGUUGUUUGGCAGCUUGACCCAAAAACAAGCCACGAGGGCUUCCAAACUAGAAGUAGCUAGUUAAAGUCUGGACUAAGAGCACUGUUCAUUUAAAAUAAUAAUCAAAAUAAUGUUCCAAGAAGCAAUGAAUUCUGCAGAGUAUUUUAUUUAUUAGAUUUCUUACCCACCCCUCACUUAUAAGGCCCCUGCUCAGGUUACAUUAUAAUUGUACUAUUAAAAACAAGUAAAACAUUUUGUACAAUUAUUAAAGCAGCUGUUACAAUUCCACAGAGCAGUACAGUAAAGGUUGAAGAGGUGGGUCCCACAUAAAUAUUUUAAUUGUCAAAGGCCUGGGGAGAGAGGUGUAUCUUCAGCAUACUGCAAAAGUUACACAAUGAAGAUGGUAGGAACACCUCUGUGUGAAGGGAGAUCCACCAUUUAAGGGCUGCCACAGAGGAAGUCCUUUCCCAAGUCAACAUUUGCCAUACUUCUGAAGAUGGUGGAACUACUAAGAGAACCCCCUCUGCUGAACUUAACACCCAAGAUAUAGGGAUGGAGGUGGUUUUUUAGAUAUUUGGAGUGCAAGUCAUUCAGGGUUUUAAACCCCAGGGGUGAGCACCGUGAAUUUGGCCUGGAAAUAAACUGGCAACCACUGCCGCUGUGGGGAUUGAUUUACCCAUGUUUGCUUAUCUAGCAAAAUUGUGUUUUUGCUAAAAAUGCAAGGGACUAUAGCACCUACCCCGCCAGUCACUGGAAAGGGUGCUCAGCCCCUCUGCUGGAGUCUUGCAGGCUGCUUGCUUUCCCACAUAGGUGCAAGCCUCUCUUCUUGUCUGAGAGCUAGGAAAACAACCUGAAGUUGCCAAAAUUUGUACCUUAAUCCUGUGUUUUCAUGGUAAUGUUGUGGAACAUGCACAACUCUGAAUGUGUGAGGCCUGCAAGCUGAAGCAAAUGGAAGUUGCUUGCUGCUGUUCAUGUUUGGUUCUGCAGUGCUCUCACCUCACUGGAAUUUUAAAAUGUGCUAAGCCAUCAGAAAGUAUAGAUUAGUACAGAACUGGUACACAACCUCUUGUUUGUGGUGCAAUGUUUGCAUUACAUGGCUCUAUUUUAGAGAACAUUGUAAUAUUUCAAGUGGAUUUUGGAGUAUUUUGUUGUUAUAUUUAAUGGGCUAUGAACGGAUAUUUAGGAUUUGCUUCUGCAAGUUCAACCUUUGGUGGUUUGUUGAUCUGCCGUGUUCCUUUGCAGUGGUGCCUCUCUUACUGCUGGCGUGUGGCUUUGGUGGAUCAGGUGCCUCAAAAGGCUUUGUGGCAAUACCCGAUAACAGCGAAGAAAUGUUGCGAAUAUGGAACAAUGAAGGGGCAGCCCCUGAAGACAAGGUAUCUUGUGUUUUGCCCUGAUUUUGUAUUUGGCAUCAAGGAAUGUUGAUAUCCUGCUUAAUGCAUGUCUGCUAAGACGUAAAUCCUGCUGAGUUAAAUAGGAUGUCCUUCCAAGGACAGGCAUGUAGGGCUGCAGCAGAAGAGUCUGCUUUAGACAGCAAUGGGCUGAGUUACUUAGAACAAUAUGGCGCUUACUCUCUUAUCAGUUUAAAUAGGUAUGGGGUAAUUCAUUUACAUAAUUAAAAAGUGUGUGUGUGAAAACAGUUGUACAAACAUAGGUGGGAUGAGUGUGCAGUUUCUGGGCUUGUAAAUAGGCAGGAUCUGGCUGAGGCAGCUGUUCUCAGGCUACUUUUUCUGACGCAGCUGUACAUUUGGGAAGGAAGUUUGCUAAGAAGUUCUGCUAUCCAGCAGAUAUUCCCAUUGACCUGGAAAACCGCCUAACUACAAACUCGGUUGUUCUGAAAGGAGCUUUUUUUGGGGGGGGACACAAGUAACUGUAUAUGGGGUGGUGCUCUAGCAAGGGGGACAUUGUCCCCUGCUGGAUGAACCAUAAUCCCCCGAUUCUCAGAUUUCAUUUUUAAAUCAUAGAUCUCUAGCAUCUGUAGAACCUGAAAUCUGAGACAGUGUGCACUGGGCCACUCCAUACUUUACUUCCCCCACCCUGGUAACAUUCCUGCAGACACCCAUGCAAGUAGCCAAACCUUUCGGGAUCUGUUCCUCUCACGUAUUACAAAUCUGCUCUUCCUUUUCUCCAAGCAGGAAGCAAAUAAACUAUCUGUUCCUGAAUCACAUUUGUCUCCUAGCUGGCUUCGCCCAGCCCAGCCUGCUGCAUGUUGUUUGAUUGUGACUUCAGCCUGCCUCCUUAAAUGAAUGUAGUUUUACAGUUUUAUUUUUCUCUUUGACGUUAGGCUGCUGUCAGCCUAAGCCACAUGACUUCUGUGAACAACUCGGCCUCAGGGAUGGGAAAUGGAAAUGCAUCGUCAAGCUUAGGCGUGGCAGGAGGCGCUGUGGUUUCUGGUUCUUCUGCAUUUGGACUGCGUAACACCACAACCAUCGAAAGGCGCUGGGAGGAGGCCCGUACGUCUCAUGCACAUCAUGAAGGCAUGGAUUUUGGAGGGGGCUCAACCAUAGCAGGAGCAAGAGGAGUAGGAGGGGGAGACAUGGCAGCACAGAAAAUCCUGACAAUGGAUAGCAGAUACAUGGAACAUGCUGGAGCCGUGAAUGAAGAAUUCUUAAGGAGCUACUUCACUGAAGUAAGAUUUCCACUUUUGUGAGAUGCUUCCUCUCUUGGUUGACUUCCCCUUCCCCUGUUUUGUUUAAUUCUGGGACCUUUGUAUUUUCCACUCCUUAGUUUAUUAGGAUUGGUUUGGGCAUCUCUCACAUGCAGUGUUGUGGGUUUCCUGGAAAAUGUGAAUAUUUCCCUAUGCAAAUUAUCACCAUUUCCCUAACAUUCUCAGUUUGCAUCAGGAUUUUUCCCAAUGUCCUCAAAAGUGAUCUAAUAUAGCACAUUUAUUUUACUUGUGUUCAUUAAACAAAUCUAAACACUUUGAAGACUGCCAUGCUUACCUUUAAUUUGCCAUGGGCAGUCAUUCAUUGUUACUAAGGAACAUAUGAAAAGGGGGAAAUUUCUAUAGAAAAAUAAAGCAAUGGGGGAAAGAAAUUCUGCCCUACAUCACUGCUCCUGCUGUCUCUGACAGAGUUAAGCCAAAAAUGCCACCACUUCUAUUACCCAGAAGUGGGAUGGCAUUGUCAUCAAUUUCUAAGGAGGGGGAAAUUGCAUAUUUUUCUAUGGGGCAUGGAGCUGGCAAGCAGCGUCAUUGCUGUCUUUCUCCCAUUACCCUUUCCUUUUCAAAAGUAAUGAGAGCUACCACUAUGUGGGCAAACUACAAUUUUAAAAAGGAGAGUGGGGGUGGGGAAGAUAAGAUGCAGCUAUUCAGCUGUCACUUUUCUCCUGUAAAUGCCCAUCCCUGAAAAUAUGAAGAAUUUUAUGCCUGGCUCUCUCACCUGCAAAAUGGGUGGGUUUCUCUUUGUUAAGAACAUAGGAAGAGCCUGCUGGAUCAGACCCCAUCUAAUCUAGGAUCUUGUUCUUACAGUGGCCAACCAGAUACCUAUGGGAAGCUUACCAGCAGGGUGUUUGAUAGUUUUAUCUUCCACAAAUUUAUCUAAUCCUCUUUUAAAGCCACCCAAGUUGGUAGCCAUCUUUGCCUCUUGUGGCAACAGAUUCCAAAGUUUGGCCAUGCACAGACUUUGUCUGUCUUGACUCUUUUGAUGUCCAGAUGCAACAGGGGUCCAUGAGUUCUAGGAAUGAGAAAAGGGGCUAAACUUUUCACUAUACACUUCUGUCAUGUUGCCUUUUCACUAAGCUAAAAGGCCCCAAACCACUGCCUGAAGGAAUUUGUUACACCCAACCAAGCUGACUGCUGUUUUCGUUAAAGAAAAUUAUAUCUUCCAAAACACAAGUGCUCACAGUUCUUGUUUUUCCACAUUUUUAGAAAGCUGAUGCUUUUGCUGACGAGGAUGAAGGGCACCUCGCAAAAGACUGCCUACUCGUUUACUCUCAGGAGGAAGAAAGAGAUUCUCCCCAUGGUUCUGUUGGCUGCUGCAGUUUCAUUGAGGGCGACUUUGAUGAGCAUUACCUGGAUGACUUGGGAGAUAAAUUUAAGACUCUGGCUGAGAUCUGCAUGGGCAAACGCAUUGGCAUGGAAGCUGGACUACACACCUCUCAAGGCCUGAAAGACCCAACUCCUACUCUUGCAGCAAGUGAAUCUGAUGUGCAAUACUUGCAUCAGCAGAAUGCAGAGCACACCUAUACUUCAGGCUCUGGCAACCAAAUACCUGACACCACAAAAGGCUUUGGUUCAGAAAUGGUGGCCGAGGAGACAGUAACUGAGACUACCUUUGAAUCUACACCUGGCUUGCAGCAAGUUAGACGUAUACCCAGCCCUCUGGUUAGCAGCAGUAGCAGCAAUGUUGUCGUGACAGAAACAUCUUAUGGGGCAAUACCCCCUCCAGUAAUCUUUGACCCCCAGUUUAAAGAGAAUGUGGUAGUGACAGAGAGAGUGCUUGCUCCAGGUUCUAACUUGCAGGAUGUGUUAGAAAUGCCUUCUGGAGUCUUUCCAGACCUUACAGAUUCAAACUACGUUGUUGUAAGGGAAAGGGAGAGGGUCCUUGUUCCUAGUUCCGAGCUAAAGGGUUCCUUGAGCAUCCCCAAUUUAGCAGGAGGACAGAAUGUAGUGACCGAGAGGGUGGUUACACCCACCCCUGGCAUGUGGGGCACAUCAGAGCAAGCCACCUACCCUGAGAGCAAUAGACAGGGACAAAUCUUGAUCGCAGAUGCUUUCUUUAACCAAGGCAGCACACAGGAAGCACCUCCCCCUGGUUCUACCCUGAGCAAGUCCUCAAGGGUUAAAUACAGCACUGUGCAGUACACACGCUCAUAGAUGGUAUGCUUUCAUCCAUAAGUUUUUAUUUACAUUUAACAGUGAUAGGGAUUAGUGGUUUGUUUUCUCAGGGGCUAAAUGAAUUGCUUUCCUUUCCUUGCAGUAGUUUCUGUACAAGAAAACUCACACAAAGCCCAGACAAAAGAGAUAGAGAUUAAGGAUGCAGUCCUAAACACACUUUUCUAGGAAGUAUGCCCCACUGAUUACAGUCGGAUCUCUGAGUAUAAGAUUCAUAGCAGUGCAGUGUAAAAGAACUUGGAUUGUAGUAAUAUAGGCUUGGAGCAACAAGGAACUACUCCAGCUGCAUAUCCAGAAAGAAUGUAGCUAACAUCCUGAGCCUCUGUAUUCUAGCAUACAUUGCUAGGACCUGCAUGGCAGUCCAACUGAUUUAGUUGGUUAUCAGCUGUGUGAUCCUAAAUGCCUUGCUUCAGGAUUAAGUUGCUCUUGGAUUUGUUUCUUUGUGCGUUUAGCAAUGCCCAAAUAGCAAAGUAUUAACUCAAUUAGUCAUAUUGACUUUGAAGUUAAGUUGUCAAACAGUGCAAUCCUAAACGUAUUUACUCAAAAGUAAGUCAGGUUGAACACAGGGGGUUACUCACUGGCGGAUGUGGUUAGAAUUGCAGCUUUAAAUGUACAAUACAACUGAGAUGGCUUGUUGCUCGGGCUAUUUAAUAUCAACAGGAAAUACGUAUGUUCUCUAGAAGGGUAGGUAUUUCUUCCUUUUUAAGUUGCUUUUCAAAAUGUCCUUCUACAUGAAAAAAAAGCAAAGAUGAGUGUAAAAAGAGGUGGAGUGAAAACAAGAAUGCAGUCUAAUUUUCCUUCUUACACUUAGCAGACAUUGUGCUCCUUUUGCAACAUGUAGGCUAAGCAUAGGUUUAGCCCAAGUUGCAGCUGCUGGACAGUACAAAAAUGUAACUUAAAACCAGAAGCACAUGUGCUCAUCUGACAUCUCUGAAUCAGGAUGCUUAAGAGUUCUGAUGUAGUCAUUCAACUCUACUAGCCACAAGGGCUGUCCCAUUCAUUUCAGUGGAGGCAGCUGAUCCUUUCACGUAUUCAGUGAUUGGCUUCAUCCAUUGAAAUGAAUGGAACCCAACCAUGCAGGAUGGGUGCUUUUUCAAACGCCACAAUCGUGCAGUAAGUAAUUUUGUGUAUAUCUGUAUAGUACAGUCAAUGUGGUGUAGCAGAGAGAGUAUUGGGCUUGGACCAAGGAGGACUGGGUUCACACCCCUUCCCCACUCACACCCAUAAAACCAACUUAGUGCCUUAUAUUAUAUAUAUAUGUAUCUUACAUUUUCUCAGGCCCUUUGGCUAAAAGCAAUAAAUAGGAUUGGGUGUACUGCCACUGAACUAGGUUGCAUACACACCAUACAUUUUAAAGCACAACACACACCCUCAAAGAAUCCUAGUAACUGUAGUUUGUCUCUCACAAAGUUACGAUUCCCAGCAUUGUUAACAAAUAGUUCCUAGGAUUCUUGGCAGGGGGAGUGUGCUAUAAAUGUAUGUUGCCCUAGUCCCUUUUUCCUCCGUCUAUUAUUCUGUACAUAUCUAUUUUAUAAUUCAAAGAAAAGCAAAAAUGAAUGGGAUGAAAAUGUAUAUAAUGGUAAAUGUAUUUUAAUCUUUUUGGACAAGAUAAACUUACAUUUAAGGAACAUUUUAUACGACAAAUACUGCUUAUUUUAAGCUUUCCUUUGGUUUUAAUCCACAGUUUCACGUGUGGAGAGUUGUAUCUAAUGAACUGAGAUUUAAGACUGCACUGGUAGCUGUCGCAGAGUUUACAGUUAAUUCCCAUGUACCUUUCCAUUUGGAAUGGGAGUAUAGCCUGUUCAUUUUCAAGGGUUAAUCAUGGAAUUUGCAGAUCUCAAGCUUUACGGUAUCUUUUUAUUUUAGAUAACAAGCUGUGGUUUUGCACUGAUCUCUAGUUUGAGGUAUCGAUGGAUUACAUUCUGUAUUUUUGUGGAAUUUCAAAUAAAAGGGAUAAAUUAUAAUUGCACUGCUCAGUUAUUUUAACUGGUUAAAAAUGCAUCCCAUCUAACCACUCAGACAACCGUAACAAUUACUGAGGACACAGUUCACCAAAGGUUAGUAGUCACUGCUGAGCCCAUUGUUGAAAGUAAUGUAAUAACAUGCAACCAGAUUCUAUGCAUGUCAGAAAUUAGUGCCACUGAGUUCCAUCAGACUUGCUCCCAGGAUUGCAGCCUUAGGAAGAAUUUGUUGCUGAUAGAUUUACAAAUUAACGAUACACAAGGGAGAAGUGAAUUUUCCUGUUGAGAAACUAAAUUGAACAUUUAGCCAAUUAUUGAUUAAAGUGUUGAGACGUGAGUCUAGUUCUCAGCUGGUAUGAUAAGCCUGUGCCUGACAAAGUGUGCACAAAUUUCACAUUAUCAGUGAAAUUCAAUACAUUUUUGGUUGAACAGGAGUCCUGCUUUCUUCAGUGGGCUUUACUAGGUUAGAUUACUGCAAUGCAUUAUAUGUAUAUCUGCCUCUGAAAACAGUUCAGGAACUCCAGCUGGUGCAGAAUUCAGCAGCCAAGUUGCUCACUGGGACAAGAUAGUUUGAGCAUAUUCAGCUGAUCCUGAGCCAAUUGCACUGGCUGCCAAUUAGUUUCUGGGCUCAAUUUGAAGUGCUGCUUUUUACCUAUAAAGCCUUAAAUGGCUCAGGACUGCAAUGCCUGAAGGACUCCCUCCCCCCGUGAGAGGUCUGAAGUGUGGUAACAAAAGAACAGGCCUUUUCUGCAGUGGCUCCCCAUUGGUAGAAUGGUCUCCCUAAGAAGGCUUACCUGGCACCUUCAUUACAUAUCUUUUGGCGCCAGGCAAAAACAUGUAUUUUUAACUAGGCCUUCGGCUGAUUGUCUUUUAAUUUUGUUUAUGGCAGGGG